GUGUAGGCUGGUCCUCUUAGGCACCACACAGAAUGUGUGGGCAGAUCCCUUACGGCAUCCUAAAUUUAUUAGUACAACCGUACAAGAACACACAUUGCAACACUAGCUAACAAACACGAACAGCGGCCAUGGCAGAAUCGGACCACAGCAUUCACGUGCUCCUCGUCUCGUACCCAGCCCAGGGCCACAUCAAUCCGCUCCUCCAGCUAGCGAAGCGGCUCGCCGGCCACCGGGGCAUCCGCUGCACCCUCGCCGUGACCCGGUCCGUCCUCGGCAACUCCGGCGGACCAUGUCACGCCGGCGCUGUCCACAUCGCCGCCUUCUCGGACGGGUGCGACCGGCAGGGCUACGAUGAGGUCGGCGAUGUGCACACGUUCCUGGCACGGCUCGAGUCGGUCGGCUCGUCCACGCUGGACGAGCUCCUCCGCUCCGAGGCGGAGCAGGGCCGGCCGGUGCAGGCGGUGGUGUACGACGCGUUCCUGCUCUGGGCGCCGCGCGUGGCUCGGCGGCACGGUGCCAAGUGCGCGGCCUUCUUCACGCAGGCGUGCGCGGUGAACGUGGUGUACGCCCACGCGUGGGCAGGCCUCUUGAAACUCCCCGUCGACAAGGAGAACGCGCCCGCGAAGCUGCCAGGCCUGCCCACGCCGCUGUCGCCGGCCGACUUCCCUUCCUUCCUCACGGAUCCGGGCAGCAGCCCCGCUUAUCUGCACCUGCUGCUGCAGCAGUGCGAGGGGCUCGAGGUGGCAGACCACAGCCUCAUCAACUCGUUCGACGAGCUGCAGCCCGAGGAAGCCGAGUAUUUGGCGUCGAGGUGGGGGGCCAAGGCGGUCGGCCCCAGCAUCCCGUCGGCGUACCUCGACAACCGCAUGGCCGACGACACAUCCUACGGCUUCCACCUCCACACUCCCAUGGCGGCGGAGAGCAAGGCCUGGCUGGACGACAGACCGGCGCGCUCCGUGGUGUACGUCUCCUUCGGCAGCCUCGCCACGCCCGACCCGGCGCAGGUGGCCGAGGUCGCCGAGGGGCUGUACAGCAGCGGCGAGCCCUUCCUGUGGGUCGUCAGGGCGUCCGAGACCUGGAAGCUGCCCGAGGGCUUCGUCGACAAGGUAAACGCCAAGGGGCGGGGGCUCUUCGUGACAUGGAGCCCGCAGCUGGAGGUGCUCGCGCACCCGGCCGUCGGCUGCUUCGUCACGCACUGCGGUUGGAACUCCACGAUAGAGGCCCUCAGCAUCGGCGUGCCCAUGGUCGCUGUGCCGCAGUGGUCGGACCAGCCGACCAACGCCAAAUACGUUCAGGACGUCUGGCACGUGGGUGUGCAGGUGGAAGGGGUGGUCACCAAGGAGGAGCUCGCGAGGUGCAUCAGAGAGGUCAUGGACGAUGCCAAGGGCUGCAGGACGAAGGCUGCAAGCUGGAGCCACAUGGCGAAGAAGGCCAUGAGUGAACAUGGCAGCUCGGACCGCAACAUCGCCGACUUCCUUUCCAAACUUGGACUCUCAGCGCAUAAUUAAACACUUGUGUCAUGAAUAAUCUAGCUAGCUAGCUAGUUUCCAUUGUCUCUAGAAUUUGUGUUUUCUUCUUUUGUGUGCCAUAUUAUGCAUUUUGUGCCUUUCUGCCUGGCUUGUUUGUGCUACACCAUUCUUGGGAAUUUAAGGUCAUAUGUUUCUUA